AUGUCUCUUCAACAACGAACCCUCGAUACAAGCAACAGGCUGGCCGUCCCUUACGAGAUUUUCUUGGACAUUAUCGACGCUUUCAUCAACAACGUCUUCGCCACCAACAUUAAGCCGCCCGAGGAAGGUGUCAACUUGGCAUUCCUUUACGAACACAAGGUCACCUCAAAGCUUGCUUUUGUGGUGGCUACCGGCAACGAGUCUUCUAGCUGGAUGAGCAAGAUCUUGAAAGACCGCUUUCGCUCCGUCCGCGUCGCCCUGCACCUCGAUCGAGAAAGUCGCGCAAAGGUUCAUCGCAAGUUUCCCCCGGCUGCCAUAUCCAUCCACAAAGACGAUUGUCGAUGGUCCGUCAAUGCCUUGACCAUCCCGGAGAUUGACUCCUUCUCCAUGCUCUACUUUCCGGACAGGCGCGACGCGAAGGCCCAGCUUCUGGAACAUCGACUUCUCCAGCUCGUGCGGCUCCCCAGCGCCGAAACGUACGCUUGCCUCCAGGGCAUCCAGUGCGUCUAUUUCCCGAGCGUACUGUGCUUCGACGUCGACCUCAACGACACGGGUGUCGCGGUGGCAAUGGCCUUGCCCAACCUCAAGUCCAUCACGGUCGUUGUCGGCGCUACUACCGAUGAAGGAAUGAAGGAUAAGCCUUUUCCCUUCACAGGCAACCCAUCGACGGCGUCGUCUUCCCCGAUCUGCAAAAAUGGUCCAAUAAAACCUCCCAUAUAA